CUGACUGUGGACUUGCACACUUCACUCCACCCACCCAUCCAUCCAUGCAGUCAGUCAGUCAGUCAGUCAGUCAGUCAGCCAUUCACCCAUUCUCAGCUCAAUCAGAAGAGAGAUUGCAUAUAUGCCUCAAACAAACAAACCAACACGAAUCCCACGCGCAUGUGAAAAAAGACUCGAAGAAUCAAAAAAAGGACGCACUGGAUCCAUUCGUCUUCUUCCGCGCACUUUACCCUCACCUCCCUGCCAUCCACCCACCCAUCACUCAACCAUCCUCCACGUUCCCCGGCGCCCAACAAAACACGUCUGUCUUCUGUUCUCUCCAUGUACGUCCGCCCAAAAUCCCUCACCACCAUCCAAAAAAUAAAUGCCGCGCUUAAACCCAGCUCGCCCCUACCCCAAUUCCAUCCCAUCCCAUAUCCCUACAUACCUAGCUGCAGCAGC